GAUUGAUCAGUUGAGAAUGUGGCAGCCUUAUGCACUUUCGGCACUGUAUCUGGUAACUAUCAAGUUAGGAGUGUUUGGUAAUCUAUGGGUCAUUUGCUCAGUGAUAAGAAACACACGACCACGGACACACAGCUGGUCCAGAUUGCCAAGUGACCGCCUGAGGACCUAUAUUCUGGUGCUGGCACUCGUCGAUUUGAUCGUUAUUAAUAAUACAAUUUCGUGCAGAACAAAAAAAAGCACUUUAGCCUUAACUUGUUUGGAUCUACUUAGAUAAUU